CUGUUCGGCAGCGCAACGAAACGCAGCGCAUCGUCUUGUGAUCCGGUCCAAAAAGCGGGAAUAGUGUGAAAGUGUGAACUAAACGAACUGAACAAUCCUUGUGAACUGAUAGUAUAAUUUAGAUAGUCGCGUAUCUAAAUUAACUACAAAAAAAAAACAGUGCCGAUCUUAAGUGAGAUCAGCAACACCCCCCUUGGAAUGAGAGGUCUGGGUGUGUGUGCGUUGCUCUUGGCGCUGUUUGUCAGCUGCCAGGGCUUCAGUAGCUAUAGAAGCAGCUACAGUUCCUCAUCCUCAUUUGGCAAUGGACAAUCCCAGGCUUUACAUCAGGCCACACCACAGCUUAGUAGCUGGGCCUACAGCCAUUUAAAAGAGGUGCGCGAAUUUGCCAAUUACCUGACCCAGGAGUAUAAUGCGAUGUCCACAGGUGCAAGCAACGGUCACGGACAUUCCUUCAGUUGGAGUGCAAGUAUUCAACAGCUAAGUGGAAAGACUGCCAGUGAACUGGAUGCACUUUGCCGGCAGGUCAGCCAGCAGCUGGUGAGCGACAUGCGCCAGGGACUGAUAAACUACAGCAACAUAGUACAGCCAGCGUUCUUCGAUGUGAAGGCUGGCGAAUUGCUGGAACGCUAUGCGAUUGGCGAUGUACAACAGCAGACUGUGGAUCUUAAUCCCUUCCAGGCUGUGGAUUUGAGCAACUUCGAUGAGGUAAAGAACUACGCUUACCCCACUGAGGUGAAGAUCAUCGAUGGAAAAACUUAUGUGGUGCAUCGCAACUGCACCGAGGCCACUAAGCUGACAAAUACCUAUGGAAACAAUGCUGGUUACUAUCAGAAACAGAUCUCUCUGCCAGUCAGCUCAUCGACAUCGGUGCGUCAACAGUCGUCGGUGCAGGAUUGGAUUUCGGGACGCAUGGAGCCAACGGUUGUCAGCUACAGUUCUGUGGUGAAUCUGGAUGGCAGUCACGGUGCUCACAAUGCCGCCUUCAAUGCGCCCAGCUACCAAGUGCCCAGCUACAGUCAGGUUACUGCCCCCGUCACCUCAACGGUCACUGUGAGGCGCUUCAACAAGACAAUCACCCAACACUCGGACGGCACCAGCUCUGUGGAUGGUUCCGAGUCGAAGCAACGUUGGGUCGAUGGUCAACUCGUCUAUGACAAUCAGCGUCCCUUUGGCCAUCAAUCCGCUGGCGCUUUGCCACGCGAUGAGCAAUGGAAGCGUGAGGAACGCGAGCACUUCUUCUGGUAUCUGACGACACCGCAACGCCUCGAGGACUGGCAGCAUCAACAGGAGGAUCGUCUGCUGGGUGUGGUCCAUCGCUAUCAGACCACGCUGCCCAUACUGCAGGAAUUCCAUCGUCGUGAACUGGCCCGCUAUCAGGCGCUGUUGAAUCAGUAUCAGCCUCAGGUGCAGGAUACCACUAGCUGGCAGCGACAGGAGCGCGGUCGUCUCGAUUGGCUUGUCCAUCAGAAUAGCUACACCAGCCAGGACUUUGCUCGUUGGCAGCACGAUAACGCCGCCAAGUUGCGUCAGCAGGCCUUGAGCUAUGGUGUUCAACCGGAUCAAUUGCAGCAAUGGCAGCGUCAGGAGUUAACCCGUCUCUACACACACUUCAACCAGAUCAAUGAAUCACUGAGUCCCCGCGUGCCAGUGCCAUCUCCGGCGUCCUCCUCCAUCCCCGAUUCGAGCUCCCUGAUUGCGGACAAUGCCCAGGAACAGCAGCGUCUGGAUGAGUUGAUUCGUCAGCACAAUGCCACGAUUGCCCAGCUCCAGAACUCAAUUCGAUCCGAUCAGCAGCGUCUUAAGGAUCUGUCUAUCAAGUACCAGGGUGAUAUGCAGAGUCAGACUCAAUGGCUGCGCGGUGAAGUUGCUCGUAUUGGCGAUUUGAUCAAGGAGCAGAAUGAGCAGGUGACUCGCCUGAGUGCAUGGCAGAGCUCGGAACGUGCUCGCUUGGAGACCAUGUUGAAGCAACAUCGCGGCAGCUUGACCGAGCUGCAACAGCAGAUGGCUCAGGAUCGCAGCUAUGUGCAGAAUCUGGCGGCCAAGUAUCGUGUGGGUGUUGAUGAACUGGAGCGUUGGCAGCGUGAGGAGUUGCAGCGUUUGCAGUUGGUUGGCCAGCAGCAGUUAGAGGAUCACAUCAAGGGUUGGCAGAUCAGUGUAAGCGCCAAUCUGCGCAACAUUAUUGCUCAGAAUCAGUUGACUAUCGAGGAGUUCCAGACCUCUAUUAUCAAUGAUCGUGCACGUCUGGAGCAAUUCGCGCGCACUUACAAGGUGCGUGUGGAUGAGAUUGAGUCGUGGAUCAAGAGCGAGUUCAACAAGUUCAAGUCCGAGGGUCUGUUGAAGGAUGUGCAACAGGAGCUGGUCACGUGGCAGCAACGAGAACGCGAGCGUCUGCAGUCGCUGGUGCAACACAAUUCCCUGACUGUCGAACAGCUGGAGGCCAAGAUCAAGAAGGAUCAGUCUCACUUCUUUGAGCUGGCCAACACAUACCAGAUUCAGGUGACAGAUAUUCAAGAUUGGCUCAAGCAGGAAUUGCUGCGUCUGCAGAACGAAGGUCUGCUCAAGGCGGAGGCUCUCAAGGAUUGGCAGUUGGCCGAACGUCAACAGAUCGCAAAUAUUGUGAAGCACAACAAAUACUCGAUCGAUGAGUUUGAGCGUAAAGUGCUCGCUGAUCGUGCCCGUCUUAAUGAUCUGUCCAAGACCUACAAUGUCAAGGUGUCGGAGAUCGAACAAUGGAUUCAAUCCGAGGGCGAUCGUCUGCAGCGUGAGGGACAACUGCACAUGGAGACGCAGCUCAACAAUUGGCAGAAGAUCGAACGUCAACGUCUGCUUGACUUGAUCAACAAGAACGAUCUGUCCAUCGAGGAGCUGGAGACAAAGAUCAGCAAGGACCAAACACAUCUCUACAGUCUUGCCCAACAGAACCAAGUGCGUGUCGAGGAGAUCGAACAAUGGAUCAAGCAACAGAUCGAGAAACUGCAGAAGGAUGGCUUGCUGGAGAUGCAACGUCUGCAGAACUGGCAGCAGGAAUGGCGUGGAAAUCUGACCAACAUGGUACAGGAACGCGAUUACACCGUUGAGGAGUUCCACAAGUGGCUGCUCGAGGACCGUGCACGUCUCCAGAGUUUGGCCAUGCAGCACAAUGUGCAAAUCGAGGAGAUCGAACAGUUUGUCAAGAAGGAGGAACAACGAUUCAUUGGAAUGGGUCUGCUUAAGCCCAGCGAACGUUUGACCAACUGGCAAGAGGUGGAGCGUCUCCAUCUGAAGAACCUGGCUCAACAGCAAUACAAAUCCACCGAACAACUGGAGGCUCGCCUGCGACAGGAUCGCGAGCUGCUUGAGAAGCUGGCGCGUCAAUACAGCGUGCAGGUCGAGGAGAUCGAGAGCUGGAUGAAGCAGGAACUUGCCCGCAUGCGUGAUGAGGGUAAACUUCAGAUCGACAAUCUCACCUCAUGGCAGCUGGCGGAGCGUGAGCGUCUCGAAACGCUGCUUAAGCAGAACAAGCAAUGGAAUGCCGAGGAUCUGCAGGCUGAGCUGCGCAAUGAUCGUGAACACAUGCAGACAAUGGCCUUCCAGUAUCACACAUCGGUCGAGGAGAUCGAGCGUUGGGUGCAGACCGAGAUCGAGCGUUUGAAGCAGCAGGGUAAGCUCAACAUUGAGCAGUUGACCGCUUGGCAACAGACGGAGCAGCAACGCAUUCUGGCACUGCUGCAAUCACAGUCCAACAUUACCCUGGAGCAGUUUGAGGCAAAGGUACAUAAUGAUCGUCGCUUCCUGUUGAACCUCGCAGCUCAGCAUCACGUGAGCGUCGUGGAGGUUGAGACGUAUGUGAAGCAAGUAAUUGAGGAUCUGCGCCAGAAGGGGCAGUUUGAGGUCGAGCAGUUGCAGGCAUGGCAGCUUGUGGAACGCGAUUACAUCAAGUCCAUGAUUGCCGAGUUCAAGAACGGUUUAUCCACUGAGGAAUACGAGCAAAAGUUGCUUGCGGAUCGUGCUCAUCUUAAUCAAUUGGCCGAUCAAUAUCGUCUGAAUGUUGAACAGAUUGAGGAAUGGAUGAUUGCUGAGCUGAAGAGACUGCGCGGUAGCACCGAGAACUCACUGAAGACUCUGAGCGCUUGGCAGGUGACGGAACUGGAGCGCCUGCAGAGUCUGAUCAAGGAGCAGACACACAUCACCUAUGUAGAGUUCGAAAUGGAACUGCAGCAGGAACGCGAACGCCUCCAGAAGCUGGCCAACCAAUAUUCUGUGAAUGUGGAGGAGAUUGAGCAAUGGCUACGCCAACAACUGAUCAAUCUGAAGACCACGGGUAAUGCCAAGGUUGAGAAUCUGACCAAGUGGCAGAUUGCCGAGCAAGAGCGUCUAAUUGAGUUGCUGCUGAAGCAUCAACAGGAUGCCAGUUACCAGGAGGUUGAACGCGAACUGAGCAAGGAUCAUCAGCGUUUGGAGAGUCUGUCACAAACAAAUCAUGUGAGCAUUGAUCAAGUUGAUCAUUGGUUGCACGAUGAACUGAAACGCCUGCAGCAAUCGGGUCUGGUGCAGAUCGAGCAGCAAACCCAAUGGCAAAAGCAGAUCAGCAGCGGCUUUAACAAUUGGUUGAAACAGCAACAGGACUCGACCAGCUAUCAGGAGUUUGUGGACUUCCUGAAGCGUGACAAACAACGUCUCAAUGGCAUUGUCAACGAUUACCAUUUGACCGUGGAACAGGUUGAGGAAUGGGUGCAAAAGGAGGCUGCCAGGCUUUCGCUUAUCGGUGUUAUCGAGAAACCACAGGACAACUUUCGGUACGAGCAGAUUAACAUCUGGAAUCAACAGAGCGAAACCCAACCAUGGAAGGAAUAUUUGACCGCACGCCUGCGCAGCGAGACGCACUUGAAGCCCAUGACCUGGCAGGAAUUCGAGUUGUAUUUGGUGCGCAAUCGUCCGGCUCACGAGCGUCUGGCUGUGCAGUAUCACAUCACUGUCGAGGAGAUCCAUCAGUGGCUGAAUAACUCGGCCAGGCAACUGGUUCAGGAGGGCCUCAUCACUGGCUCCUUGACCGUCGAGGAAUGGCAGCUGAAGGAGCAACAGUACAUUCAGGAUCUGCUCAAUCAGCAGCUGCGUCGUCGUCAAAAGUGGACCAUCGAGGAGCUGCAGCUGAAGCUGCUGAAUGACCAAAAGCAUCUGUUGGAUGUUGCUCGUCAAUAUCAAAUUAGGAUCGAGGAAUUGAAACUGUGGUACAAGGACGAAUUGAAGCGACUGUUGGACUUGCGCAAGAUUGAACAGGGCUCCGGCUUGCAAUGGCAAUCCAAGGAACUGGAACGCAUUUACCAGACCGUCAUCCGUCAUCCAAUCAACCGUAGUGCAUUGGAGCAGCUGUUGCUGCGUGAUGUCAACGCUCUUGCCAUACAGUACCGCAUCACCGUCGAGGAGUUGCGUGUGUUUAUCCAUCAGAAAUUGCAGCGAUUUGCGGACAUGGGUCUGAUUGUCGAUGGCGGCGUUGUAAGCAGCGAUUGGAAGGAGCAGGAACGUCAACGUUUGCGUCAAAUUGGCGCCAGCGUCAUCAUCACCGAUCUGGAGCUGGUUGAACUCAUCUCGCAGGAUAGCAAAUAUCAGAACGAGUUGGCUCGUCUCUAUGGCGUGGGACUUCAGCAGUUGGCGCCUGUGCAGCGCAUUUACAUUGGCAACAUGGCCAAGGAGCAGCUGCUCGAGCAGCGCCAUCUCAACGUGUUGACCACAUGGCAGCAGAAGGAACGCGAUCGUCUCUACGAUUUCAUUGGCACCCAGAACAUGACGUUGCGUCAGUUGCGUGACUGGCAACGUCAGGAUGAAGAGAAACUGCAGCGCUUGGCCCAGCAGUAUCUGAUAACGCUGCACGAGCUCAAGGCCUGGCAGAUUAAGGAGUUUGAACGCAUCACGGCGGUGGCUCAAUACUACGCCAUCACACUCAGCGAACUGCAGCAGUUCCGUGACGAGGAAUUGCACUAUCUCAUCUAUCUGAACCAUCGCAAGUUGCUGACGGCAACGGAGACCAAGAGUGGAGAGACGAAGCAGCAUUGGCGCCUGCAGAAACUGCAGACCAAAUACAGCAAAUAUGGUCAGGAGUUGAGCAUCUGGCGUCGCACUUUGUAUCUGCUCAGUCAGGGUUUGAUUGAUUUGCCUGCCACCAAUAAUAAUGGUGGAUAUAUUAUCGAUCAGGGUCGCGCCGAUGCCACGGCUGUGAACAAACCAAUCUUCUCCAAGGAUCGCGGCGAUCAGCCUCCACAUGUGUACGAGGAGAACGACAACGAGGAUGAGCCAGGUCUCGAGGGUGAAACGAAGUCCCCAUUGGCACCUUUGGUGUCGACACCAGCACCCUUGCCUUCUCCUUCCCCCUCCUAUCUUCCCUCGCCAAGUGGUAGCAGUGGUGGUUUCGAAUACCGACGCACCGACUACAACUUCAAUGUGCCCGUGAGCGGUGUCGCUUCAGCAUCAGCGAGUGGCGGACCAACUGGUUCCUCGGCCAGCGCUAGCGCCAAGUUGAGCAAGUGGAGUCGUGCCGCCGGCGAGGAGCCUGCUUCACAGCAACAGCAGCAGCAGCUGGCGGAGUUGGCUGAUUUGGGACAACAGCAGCAGGUGGAAGACUUGGGUCAGCAGCAGGAGGUAGACUUGGGCUGGAGUCAGGAUCAAGUGGAUGGUGGACAGCAACAGCAACAGGAGGAAGUCGAUUGGAAUGCCAACUAUAGGGUUGGGGAUGAUGCUGGACAGCAACAGCAGCAGGACUUGGGUCAGUAUCAGGUUGAGGAUUUGACGGGUCAAGGCUACGGCAGCAGUUCAGGUCCAAAUCCAGGCGCCAGUUACGGUCAGGUGCAUCAGGCACAGCCAGUUGAAACAUCGACUCAACCCGGCACCUUUGCCAAAAUUAAGAACAAAAUAACCGACAUCUUUGGUUAGGGAUUCAAAAAACGAAAACGAAAACAAAAUGUGAAGAACUGCCAGCGAAAGACUUGAAUCCCCAGAAACGAAUGUACACCAAAAAAAUUCUAGAAACGUUUCUUUAAUCUGUUAGUUUAGUCUUAAAGGAAAAGUUGUAAGGUCUUCAGUUGACCGCAUCUACUACAUACUACUAAAUAUACAUACAUAGAUACAUGUGUAAUACUCGCUCUCUAUAAGGACGUACCUUUGUAUUUUUGUUUUUGCAUUUUGUCUAAUAAACUUUGAAAAUAUAUAAUUAUCA